GUCAGUCGACUGCAAACUUCCUAAGUGCACAUAGCGAAAAUGAGUGACCCUCUCGCCAUGGGAGAUGUGAACACAGAGCAUAUAGGACUGCGGACUUUCGAAGCCUCAGUAAUGGGAGGAGGGGGUGACGAGGAGGUGGGGGACGCAGGCACGCCGUUAGCAGAGCAGAGUGCUGUGAGCGACGAAGAGCCGGGAGAUCGAGAGGAAGAGGCGGAGAGAACGUGUAAUGAUGAACUGUUUUGUUUAAUAUUGUCUUUGGUUUUAAUGUCCAUCGAUCAAUUUUUGGACGGAUUUAGCUCCUACAAGUUCUACGUAGGAGGGUACACCUUGUUCUUUGUGCUGAAUCUGGUGUUCACAGUCAUUCCUGCGUUGUGCCUUCACCUCGGCGCCACUGUAGCGUUGAAACUAUCCUGGUGGAAGGCUCUGCUGUGUUUUCCCGUCGCUCCGUGGGUUCUACUAGGGAAGGUUAUCCAUAACCGUAUCAAAGGAGACUCGACCGAGGAGCAAAAAGAUUUGAAGAGGAAUUCAAAGAAUAUGAGUGUGUGUGAAGGCUUCUUUGAGGCCGUGCCUCAGCUGCUCAUCCAAAUGACUGCUUUGAGACUCGGCAUUUCUAAGGAGUCUGGAGUUAUUUUAACGUGUGUGAAGAUGGUAUUCAGCUGUGUCUGUGCCUCGCUUGCCCUUCUGUCUCGCUUUCGCGAGGGAAUGAGUAAGCCUCUUCAAGGAGUUUCUGUAUUCCUAGUGGCAAUGGUCUUAGGGUCGCGAGUCUUCGUGUGUGCGUCUCUGUUUUCCCUCCCUAGUCCCCGGCUCUACACGGGCUUCCUUCCUCUAGCGCUCAGCGUCCUCCUCGCCUGCGUCACCGACUACGUGUUCGAGAGAGAAAAAGUGUCUCUCAGCAGAGCAUACAUAAAAGCUACCCUUCUGCCUCCUGAGGACAAGGCUGGUGGCAUGGCCUCCCUGGUAUACUGCGCUUUUGGGUUAGUCUUCUGGCUGCUCACUGUGUCUCGGCCCUUGAGUGUUCUUGUCUUUGUGUGCGUGACCGUCAUUCAUAUCCUUGGAGGAAUUGGGUGGAUGGUAUUAAAACAAUACGACAAAAGUCUUGCAAGGGUAAGGGGAAGAAAUGUUCAUGCCUGACGUAACAUUCUAAUGCCCAGUGGGCCUGUGCUUCCCUCCCCUAGUCCAUUGUCAAAACCCCAGGGCCCUUUGGAGCACUAGCAAAACCCAACCAGGGGGACCAUAUGCAAAGCCAGUUCCCUUAUAUAUAUGUGUAUAUAUAUUUAUACAUAUCUAUGUAUACACACACACACACACACACACACACACACAUACACACACACACACACACACACACACACACACACACACACACAC